UAGCUACACUUGGCGGCAGCGGCGUGACUUACGGCCGCCCCUCGUCGCGCGUCCUUGGGCGGGAAUGCGGGCGGGAGUGCUCCUGCGGGCCCGCGGGGCGGGAUGACCCAGUCGGUGGUCGUCCAGGUCGGGCAGUGCGGGAACCAGAUCGGCUGCUGCUUCUGGGACCUGGCGCUGAGGGAGCACGCCGCGGUCAACCAGAAAGGAAUUUAUGACGAUGCACUAAGCAGCUUUUUCAGGAAUGUGGAUACCAGAGUGGUUGGUGAUGGCGGCAGUAUUUCCAAAGGAAGAAUAUCUUCUUUAAAAGCACGAGCCGUUUUGAUUGACAUGGAAGAAGGAGUAGUGAAUGAAAUUCUCCAAGGACCCCUGAGAGAUGUGUUUGAUAGCAAGCAGCUCAUCACGGAUAUUUCUGGCUCAGGAAAUAAUUGGGCUGUGGGUCACAGAGUGUUUGGAAGUCUUUACCGGGAACAGAUUUUGGAGAAACUCCGGAAGUCAGCAGAGCACUGUGACUGCCUGCAGUGCUUCUUCAUCAUACACUCCAUGGGGGGAGGAACAGGAUCUGGACUUGGCACGUUUCUGUUAAAGGUGCUUGAAGAUGAGUUCCCAGAAGUGUACAGAUUUGUGACAGCGGUUUUUCCUUCCAGCGAGGACGAUGUCAUCACCUCACCUUACAACAGCAUGCUGGCCAUGAAGGAGCUGAAUGAGCAUGCAGACUGUGUGUUGCCCAUUGACAACCAAUCUUUAUUUGACAUCAUUAGCAAAAUUGAUCUUGUGGUAAAUUCUGGAAAGUUGGGUACAGCUGUGAAGCCUAAGAGUCUAGUUACUUCAAAUGUAGGGGCUGUUAAAAAGCGCCACACGAAGCCUUUUGAUGCAAUGAACAACAUUGUGGCCAAUCUGCUCCUCAGCCUGACAAGCUCUGCGAGAUUUGAGGGGUCCCUUAAUAUGGACUUGAAUGAGAUCAGCAUGAACUUGGUUCCUUUCCCUCAACUUCAUUAUCUUGUCUCAAGCCUUACACCUCUGUACACACUGGCAGAUGUUAACAUUCCCCCUCGAAGAUUGGACCAGAUGUUUUCAGAUGCCUUUAGUAAAGAUCACCAACUCAUUCAAGCAGACCCCAGACAUAGUCUCUACCUCGCCUGUGCCCUCAUCGUUAGAGGAAACGUACAGAUUUCAGAUCUGCGCAGAAAUAUUGAAAGAUUAAAACCUGCUCUGCAAUUUGUCUCCUGGAAUCAAGAAGGCUGGAAAACUAGCCUGUGUUCAGUACCGCCCGUGGGUCACUCCCAUUCAUUAUUGGCUUUAGCAAACAACACGUGUGUGAAGCCUACUUUCAUGGAACUGAGAGAAAGGUUCAUGAGGCUCUACAAGAAAAAGGCUCACCUGCAUCACUAUCUGCACGUUGACGGGAUGGAGGAAGGUGCCUUUGCAGAUGCUCUGUCCUCUCUGUCAGCACUCAUACAGGAGUAUAAUGAACUGGAUGCCACAAAGGGCAUGCCUGUGCAGGAUGUGCCUAGGCUGAGCGUGGCCUUGUGAAAGAAGAAGCUGAAAAUGCAUUGUUACUCUUUUCUGAUUCACGCUGGUGUUUGUCCCCUUUCUCUUUCUGCAUUUUCUGUGAUUCAGAAAGCCCAAUUUGUUUUUCACAGUAUCGGGAAGUAUUUUAUCUAAAACAAUGGUGUCUAUUUUAUUAUAAUUUUUUUAUACCAAUGUGUGGGAUCACUUCUAGCAAUUUGUCGAAAUUAAGAGAGAGCCUGGCAUGGUGAUACACGCAUGUAAUCCUAGUGUGUCUGACAUACAGGAUAACCGCGUGGGCCAGCCUGGGCUACACAGUGAGAGCCACUGUAGAGUGAAAGAGUGGUUCCCAUCGCCUUGCUUUACUCAUGGCUUCCUUCUGCAGACCUUUGCACACUGUGAACGCCUCAGGAAAGACUGUAGAUUCUUUUUAUAUUUAUGCUUUAUGUUUUCAUACUCUGUUUAAGUGCUGGAAAAGGAGGUCCUAGGAAUGGAAGGACACAGUGUAUGAUGUCUGUGGACUUUUGAGGAUAGUUUUUAUUAAAACUGAAAAGACUGCUUUGCUGUUUGAGUAAUAAUAUGUUUGUAUUCAAGAGAAUCACAACUUAGACAUCCAGUCACGUUUAAAAUGAAGAAUUUAAAGGCAAAUGUUUAUCACGUCACCGUUUGCACACCGAGCAGAACAUGCCAGGCUUGCUAUCGUCAUCUGAAUUUGGUAGUAAAUAAAUGGUCUUUAUCUAUGGAAAUUAUUCAAGUCUCCAUAAUCUUUGGAAUCUUUUAUGUUGUUUUUAGUUCUGAUCCAUUGGUUGGUUUAAUCCUUCAAGGAAAUAAUUUUUAGGGAAAAAAUUCAAGAAAAAAUAAUCUAUUGUAUGCUUUGUUUAUUAAUAUUUUAUGUUUCUUUUGCUAAAUAAGUAUUCUAAUUUUGGUUUUACAUCAGUAAUUUAUUUUUUUAUAGUAUUUGGUAUAAAAAUUGCAAUAUACAGUUAUUAACAGUAGUCACAGACAUUCCAUUUUCUCCUUCCUAGAAGAAUCUUAACUGAUAUUCAGAACGUGGCAAUGAAGACUAUAGAUACAUUUAUAGUAUCAUUUUUAAGAAUCUAGCCAGGCAGUGGUGGCACACGCCUUUAAUCCCAGCACUCGGGAGGCAGAGCCUCUCUGUGAGUUUGAGGCCAGCCUGAGUUCCAGGACAGUCACCAAGACUACACAGAGAAACCCUGUCUUGGAAAACCAAAAUAAAAUAAAAUAAGGAAUCUUGCUUUCCUUCUAAUUAUCAUGUGAUGGGAUCUGAUGGACUGCAUUGCCAAGUACAGGAUAAAAUUUAAAUUAUGUCUUUCUAUAUCUAUAGAAAAUGUUUUCUUAUAAAUUGUUUUUUUUUCCCAUUAUAUGUGAAAUCCUUAUAUGGUAUCAUCUAUGUGUAUAUUACAUAAUUAUAGAGAUAUGCUCAAGAAAUGAGUUGUAUUUAAAAUUUUUCAGGCAUUCAUUUUCAUUUUAUUAGAAUAUUUUUUAGAAACUUCUGAUGUCACAAAUAUAGCAACUGAAGAAUGACUCGUUCUUUCUGUUUUAAAUCCAUUAAAUAAAAUUUUCAAUCUUUUAUAGCCA